AUGGACCGCUUAGCGCUCGAUAAGCUGAAGAACGUCAUGGACGAGGCGAAAAGUGUCGUGAAGGCCAAAAUGGGUACAGACGUCGAGCGCAAGAUCGAAGAGGCGCUGUCGAACAAGAACUGGGGCGCGUCGAGCACGUUGCUGAACGAGCUGUCGCAGCUCACUUAUGACUUUGAGGCAUACGGAGUCAUUACGCGCAAGAUUUGGGAAGCUAUGGAUGCUGAAGGGCGACAGUGGCGCUCUGUGUAUAAGGCGCUGAGUCUGCUGGAGCACCUGAUCAAAAACGGCACGGAACGCGUGAUUGAGAAUGCGCGCGACCACAUGUUUAAGUUGCGCCACCUCUCGGGCUUCUCGUAUCACGACGGCUCUGUUGACAGGGGCAAUGGAGUCCGUGACAAGGCCAAGCAACUGGUCGACAUGCUCAAUGACAAUGACAUGAUCCGCACCGAACGUGAGAAGGCGGGGCGUUUGCGCAACAAGUAUGUGGGCAUUGGCAGUGGUCUUGGCGGCGGGAUGGGAGGCGGAGGUUACGCUGGUAGCAGCAACUACAGCGAGGAAAGAAAUGGCGGAGGCUAUAGCGGAGGAGGUGGGUACAGUAACAGCAGCGCCAGCAGCUACAGUGGUGGCGGAUACAGCGGUGGCGGCGGGUAUAGUGGUGGUGGCGGUGGGUAUAGUGGUGGCGGCGGUACUCGAGACUAUGGUGUUAGCGACUCGAAGAAGAGCACUGAAAAGGAGAAGAGCUACUCUACACGCACCGUUGAUGAUGAUCGUGAUGACGAAAGUGAAGAUUCAGAGUCAGAAGAAGAGGUGCGACCCAAACGACGAGCUUCAUCGUCUAAAGGAAAGGCCGCUGCCAAGAAGAAAGAGGAGACAAAGAGCAAGGUUGCAGUAAAACCACCCCCUGCAGAACCAUCCCUCCUGGACGCAGACUUCUUCAGCCCGGCGCCUGUGGUCGCCACCGCAAACACGUUUGAUCCGUUUGCACCGGCGCCUGGUGGUUAUGCUGCUGCACAGCCUCAAACAGCAUCGUUUGCUGCUUUUGACAAUGCCGCAAGUACGCCACAACAGUCGUUCAAUGCAUUUGGCGCCACGCAGCCUCAACAGCAAGCCCCAUUUGAUCCAUUUGGGAGUAGCGGCUUUGCCCAGCAAGGGGUUCCACAGUUUGCUGCGUUCCCCACAGCCCCAUCUCAGCAGGUUCCAAAUGUGCCCGGUCAGCAAGCAAACGCACCGGCUCCACCCGCUUCUGCUUUUAACGUGCAACAGCAGCAGUUUGGACAGUUCGGUGGAACGAACAGCGGUGGGCUGCAGCCUGGUCAGGGCGGCAUGGGCGUGCAAGGUGCAACGUCGGGUCAGUCGGCAUUUAAUCCCAGCGGGAGUCAGUCGCGAACGAACUCGGCUGUGAAGCCUGAGGAGAAGAAGAGCGACGACGCGUGGGGAGCUGGCUCGUCGCUUUACGAUCUGAACAACUUGGGCAGCUCCAGUGGCACUAACAGCAGCAGCGCGAAUCACCCUGGUCAGCAUCCGCACUACCAGCACUCGAACGCUAGCAAUAGUUUCAGCGGGUUGGAUACUCUUGCUGGAUUGCCCAGCAAGCCCGCAAUGGGAGGCGCUGGCGGUAUGAACAUGAGCAUGGGGGCAAUGAGCUACUCGGGCGGUAUGGGUAUGGGUCACAGUGGGAUGCAGCAGCAAGCCGCGUUCGGCCAGAUGGGUCAAGGAAGUGUGGCUCAUCACCGACCGAUGAUGGGAGGUAUGAUGGGUAUGCAGCAACCAGGCAUGGGUAUGCAGCAACCAGGCAUGGGUAUGCAGCAGCCAGGUAUGGGCAUGCAGCAGCCAGGUAUGGGUAUGCAGCAGCCAGGUAUGGGCAUGCAGCAGCCUGGCGUAAGUGGAAUGGCGAGCCAAGGUGGUUUCGGCGGAAUGGCAUCGGCGCAGCAGCAGCAGCAGCAGCGACAGCAACAGGCAUUCAAUCAGUUUGGCAAUUUUAGCUGA